GAUAAACAAUUGCAUUCCUCACGUGGCAUUAUUAUUUCCAAUCAAACUUUGGUGCUACAGGGUAUACCCAAGUCUUCCCAUGGUCAGUAUUUUUGUCGUGCCACCAACAUACAAGGCAGUGUUUCUAGUAAUGAAGUUUAUUUAGAUGUUAAAUACCCACCUGUUUGUAAAUCGGAUUCAACAAUAAUACGCGCCGCACUUAAACAAACCAUUAAUAUAACAUGUCAAGUGGAUUCGAAUCCUCUUGAUAAUCUAAAUUAUAAAUGGCACUUCAACAACUCACUUGAGAGUCUUAUUGAGUUGCCUUUAAAUAUGGGCAUGAUGAUGGGAGGAGGAGGUUUGGCAGCCUCAUUGCAUACUCCCUUAAACGGUAUGGGUUCAAAUGGUGGUUUACAUCAUUUGCAACAGCAGCAGCAGCAACAACCACAACAUCAACAAAUGUUAUUACAUGCGGAUGCAAGUCACGCUUCCGCCGGAUAUUAUCAACGUAGCAAAAGGAAGCAUGGCCAACAACAACAACCCAUACAAGCUAAAGUUAUACAUGGUCGUCAUGGUCGUGUUGCCUUGCGUGCUGUGGCCCCACUAACGCAACAGCAGCCAACACCACACUUCGAUACCUGGUCGAAUAUGCAAUUCGAAGAUGAUUUCGAAAUUGACCACCAUCAACCAAUGUAUGAUGACAAUCACAAUACCCACAUACCUGACACACAUCAUGCUGGUGACCAUGAUGAUGAUGACCAUGAUGAUGAAACCAUUAAUGGUGUUUAUAACGACGAUUUACCCUACACUCAAAUGGUCUAUUCCAAUUUGAUAUAUAAAAAUCAUUUAGACAGUAAACAACGUGGCAACAAACAACAAAUACCAAACUAUCAACAACACCAACAGCUGCACACGCAACCCUUGCAUGAUAUUACGCACAAUAAUCAAUAUCAGUUGGCCGAACGUAAACGUUUGACAGCUUUGCAUAAACAACAGCAACAACAUCAUCGUAUUGUGGUCACUACUGCCACACCACCGCCUCCACCGUCAAUGGCUCCUUUGAACAAUGUCUACUCGUAUCACAUUGAUUCAUAUGAAAGUUUUGGUGCAAUUUCAUGUGUAGCCAGCAGUCCAAUGGGUCAAUCACAACCAUGUUGGUAUCACAUACAACCAGCAGGUAAGUUUUCUUCUUUUUGUUUCUUUUUUUGUUGUUGUAAUUUAACAGUUUUUGCAAUACAACAACAAAAUUACUUAAAUCUAUUGGGUAAGUACUUAAACUUGCGGAGUGGGUGUUGAGGGAGACAAAAGUUCAUAACCCGAGAGUGAAAUGUUUAA